AUGACAGGCUACAACCUGGCUCUAAGUGCUAGACUGUCGACAUACCCAGCGACAGGCGACCGCUCGACGCUGCUGCGCUCGCACGCGGCCAAGUCGGCGGAGUGCAGCGGGCAGGGCUCGCCGCGCCCGCGCCGUGCGCCUCGCGAGUCGCGACGGGUGUCACUUGCGCAGGCGCCGGGCUACGUGCAGCUCAACCAGUACCGGCUGCUCGAGCCCAUCGGACAGGGCUCUUACGGUAUUGUCAAGCUAGCCUACAACGAAGAGGACGAUACGCAUUAUGCAAUGAAGAUCCUGUCCAAACGCAAGCUGAUGCGGCGCGCGGGGCUGUUCGGUCGCGCGCCGCCGCGCCGCCCCGGCCCCGGCCCGCCGCCCGACCCGCUGCAGAGGGUCUACCGAGAGAUCGCCGUGCUCAAGAAACUAGACCAUCCCAAUGUUGUCAAACUGGUCGAAGUGCUGGAUGAUCCAGCAGAAGACCACUUGUACCUGGUGUUCCAGCUCCUGGAGGGGGGGCCUGUCAUCGACAUCCCUACUGAGAACCCCCUCUCUGAACACCUCUCCAGGAAGUACUUUAGGGACGCGCUGCUGGGAGUCGAAUAUUUACACUACCAGCGGAUAGCCCACCGUGACAUAAAGCCGGCGAACCUCCUGCUGGGCGAGGACCGCGUGCAGGUGGCAGACCUGGGCGCGUGCGGGGAGCUGGCGGCGGCGGGGCGCGUGUCGGGGACCGUGGGGACCCCCGCCUUCAGAGCCCCGGAGGCCGCCGCGCCCGCUGACAAGUAUAGUGGAGAGGCAGCAGACAUAUGGUCCCUUGGUGUGACGCUGUAUGCGAUGGUGACGGGCAAGGUCCCGUGGGCGGGCAGCUCGGCGGUGGAGCUGCAGAAGAAGGUGCUCUCGGAGCCGCUGACCUUCCCCGGCAGGGUGCAGCCCUCCAAGCAGCUGCGGCACCUGCUCGCCAGGAUGCUGGACAAAGACCCUGCCACCAGGGCCACCAUGCAGGAAGUCAAGGAUCACGAAUGGAUAACGGAUGGCGGGAAGGAUCCACUACCAUCAGAGCAGGAGAACUGCCGGCUGGUGGAGGUGACGGACGAGGACAUGGCGCAGGUCGUCACCUCCAUCCCCAACCUCUCCACACUCAUCCUCAUCAAGACCAUGCUGAAGAAGCACAGCUUCCAGAACCCGUUCCUCCGAAGUCGAGAAGGCAGCACGUCUCGCCGGGAGUCCACGUCAGCGCGCGGCGAGGCCUCGGAGAAGGCCACGGCGGCCACGAAGCGCGGCGGCCUGGCGCGCGCCGGCCGCUCGCUGUCCGCGCCAGGGAACUAUCUCACUGAGAGGCAAGCAUCAUUCGACAUUGGACUGGAAGCAGUCCAAGAGUCCCGCGACCAGAGUCAAGAUAUUCCCUCUAAGGAGAAGAGUCCGCAAGAGACUGAGGAUGUCACCAAGCGGUGAUACUCCCCCCGCGCGGCGCCCCCACCCGCCGCCGCCGACCAAUGGCUGCUCCGCAUUCAAAUCGUGUUUGAAUACAACUAGCCAAUUGGGUAACGGCUGUAAUGUUGACACUUCUAUCAAAGUGUUACCAGCAUUCAAAUUAUUACACAGUAAAAACUGUGAAAAUUUGCAUUAUAUUGAUAUUUUUUUAAAUAAUUUUAAAUUGCAUGCGAAUGGCAAGAUGCGAUUAUUAAGCUGCUAUUAAUGAGAUUCGUGACAGACGUGAAGAGAAAUAAAGAAUUUUCACUUAAAAUUACUUAUUCGAUCAUCAGCUAGUCCUAUUCACUUAAUAUUGUAAAUAUUUUAAAAUAAAAUUUGUCCUCUUUGACUUAAAAAGCACUUAAAUAUUUUUAUUAA